AUGUGUUACAUGGUAUCAUUUGUGAUUGGUCUAAAAACUAAUUGGCACGAGCUACUAGUUUUAUUAGCUGCACACAAAAUUGAAAUUGAAAUUUGGGAACAAGGACGGAAAGCAAACAUUGACGGCCUUGUGGCUAGCUUGUGGGACAUGAAAGGUUGCCGUAUCUGUCCAGACAUGACUGAGGGUCAGCACGUCCUGUGGCUUGUGGGAAGGCUGGAGAUUAGCAGCUUAACUAUAAAAUCAGAUCAGAUUAAUCACGUAGAAAACAAUCGAUUCUGUAAAGGUUUAGUCUGCCCAGGGAAAUAUGUGUAUGGUAGGGAUAUUUGCGUCACUAGACUAUCACUGGAUUAG